GGUAGGAGGGGGCUUCCGCUUCCGGGCAGCGGAGGCUGCAGCCUCGCUCUGGUUCCUGCGGCUGGCGGCCGAGCCGUGUGUCUCCUCCUCCGCCGCCGCCAUAUUGUCUGUGUGAGGAGAGGGGAGAGCGGCUGCCGCCGCUGCCGCUUCCAUCACAGUUUGAAGAAAAUCGGUCUGAAACAAGGUCUUACCCCCAGCUGCCUCUGAACAUAGUGUUUGACAGAUCUUCAGACAUCAAGUUCAGCUUUGUCUGCCAACCUGUCUGACAUGUCGGGACCCGUGCCAAGCAGGGCCAGAGUUUACACAGAUGUUAAUACGCACAGACCCCGAGAGUACUGGGAUUAUGAGUCACAUGUGGUGGAAUGGGGAAAUCAAGAUGACUACCAACUGGUUAGAAAACUAGGCAGGGGUAAAUACAGUGAAGUAUUUGAAGCCAUCAACAUCACAAAUAAUGAAAAGGUUGUUGUUAAAAUUCUCAAGCCAGUAAAAAAGAAGAAAAUUAAGCGUGAAAUAAAGAUUUUGGAGAAUUUAAGAGGAGGCCCCAAUAUCAUCACAUUGGCAGACAUUGUAAAAGACCCUGUGUCACGAACCCCCGCCUUGGUUUUUGAACAUGUAAACAACACAGACUUCAAGCAAUUGUACCAGACGUUAACAGACUAUGAUAUUCGAUUUUACAUGUAUGAAAUUCUGAAGGCCCUGGAUUAUUGUCACAGCAUGGGAAUUAUGCACAGAGAUGUGAAGCCCCAUAAUGUCAUGAUUGAUCAUGAGCACAGAAAGCUACGGCUAAUAGACUGGGGCCUAGCUGAGUUUUAUCAUCCUGGUCAAGAAUAUAAUGUCCGAGUUGCUUCCCGAUACUUCAAAGGCCCUGAGCUACUUGUAGACUAUCAGAUGUAUGAUUAUAGUUUGGAUAUGUGGAGUUUGGGUUGUAUGCUGGCAAGUAUGAUCUUCCGGAAGGAGCCGUUUUUCCAUGGACAUGACAAUUAUGAUCAGUUGGUGAGGAUAGCCAAGGUUCUGGGGACAGAAGAUUUAUAUGAUUAUAUUGACAAAUACAACAUUGAAUUAGAUCCCCGUUUCAAUGAUAUCUUGGGCAGACACUCUCGUAAGCGAUGGGAACGCUUUGUCCACAGUGAAAACCAGCACCUUGUCAGCCCAGAGGCCUUGGAUUUCCUGGAUAAGCUGCUGCGAUAUGAUCACCAGUCACGGCUCACUGCAAGAGAAGCCAUGGAACAUCCCUAUUUCUAUACUGUUGUGAAGGACCAGGCUCGAAUGGGUUCAUCUAGCAUGCCAGGGGGCAGUACACCUGUCAGCAGCGCCAACAUGAUGUCAGGGAUUUCUUCAGUGCCAACCCCUUCACCCCUCGGACCUCUGGCAGGCUCACCAGUGAUUGCUUCUGCCAACCCCUUGGGAUGCCUGUUCCAGCUGCCGCUGGCGCUCAGCAGUAAUGACCCCAACUUUCUCCUGAUGCCUGAGCAGAGGUGGGGAAGUCCACCCUCUCCUUGAUGCAACUUGCGCCUGGCGGGGAGGGUGAAACACUUCAGAAGCACCGUGUCUGAACCGUUGCUUGUGGAUUUAUAAUAGUUCAGUCAUAAAAAAAAAAAAAUUAUAAUAGGCUGAUUUUCUUUUCUUUUUUUUUUUUUUUAACUUGAACUUUUCAUAACUCAGGGGAUUCCCUGAAAGAUUACCUGCAGGUGGAAUAUUUCAUGGACAAAUUUUUUUCUCCCCUUCAAAAUUCAGUUUCUCAUCACUAAAGAACAAAAUAUAAACCAGCCUCAAUCCUGGCUGCUGCAUUUGGGUGGAAAUUUCUUCCCAUUCCUACCAUUGCUCCCCCGCCAUCCUAUACUCUGGGGAGGAAGGGGCGGGGGUUGUAUCUCGUGCUCUUCUCCAGAGAUUACAAAAAUGUAGCUUCUCAAGGGAGGUGGGAAGGAAGGAGGCAGGAUGGAAAAGAGGCAGGGAAGACCCAAUCUGUAAGAGCAGUAUACUGCUAGUCAUUUGUUCCAUAAGUGCUUCAGUGCAGUUAUCCUGGCGACUCUAGUGGAAGCGUGUCGUACUUACGUGGAGAUGUUGAAAAUCUACCCAAAAGGCAGACAGAUUCUGAAAGCAUUUGUUCAGUAUGAAUCAUGUUUUAUUGACCUAAUCCUAAUCCAGCUCAUUUAUAAUUUUGGUGUCAGUUUAGUUUAAAAUUGUGACAACAUCCCUCUGAGGCUCCUACCUUGGUCCUUUUCCCUUUCAUGUCUCAACAUGUUGUGCUCCAUAGCUGGUAGGAGAGAGAAGGCAAAAUCUUUUUCAAUUUGGCUUGGCCAUCUUGAAGUCAGUUAUUGGGCAUAACUUACUGCUCUUUUACAAAAGAAAAAGAAACAUUAUCUAUAUAGGUUUCAUGCUAGCAAAUCUAAGAGCUAAUGGAGAUGCAGCCACACUGGGUUUCAUUUUAAGCUACCUUCUUUUCCCCCUACCUUUUCCUUCCCUUGUAUGCCAUCCAGCGAGAAGACCUGCUCCUCAGUCUUGUAAAUGUAUCUGAGAGGCAGGAGCAGAGCCACUAUCUCCAAUGAAAUGGAAAUGGUAGACCUGUAAUUAUGGGAAACUAUCAACUCUUGUUACAGCCUUGCCACCUUUUGCUGUGUGUAUAUAUAUACUUUGUCCUUCAUAUGUGAAAGAUCCAGUGUUGGAAUUCUUCGGUGUAAAUAAACUUUUGGUUUUAUUUAUCAAGGUUAGAUUUAAGUUCCCUGUGUAAUUCUCGCUGGGUGGGUGUCACAUUCACAUCUGAGGGGCCUGCAGCCCUGUACCGUGGAGGCUUCCUAAGGCCCCCAUUUGUAUACACCCCUCGUUCGACCCAUGGUACCGGGCAGGGCAGAGAGGCCUUAAAAAAGCACCACAAGCCAAAGUGUCUCUGGGGAUUAAGGAUCCUUUGCCAUAAAACUCAUUUUGUGUCUCAGCAGUGCAGGGAUUGGGGAUGGAAAAAGUUGCCAGUUUUUGUGUGUGUGUGUUUAUAAAGUGGACUUUCCACUGUAAACCAACCACCUAAGUUUAUCAGGUGCUUCACUGAGGAAGCCUAGUUUUUUAAGCACAAUAGCAAAAUCAUCAGCUCUGUAUUUUCUCCUCUUACUUCAUUACAGUAGCUGUUUAUGGGGACUAGGAAAUAUUCUUCCGACAUUUUAAGGCCUAAAAUCUUAGUUCCCCAUUCUCCUGUCUUUAUAGAUUCACAGGCCUUUCUCAGCUGGGCAUCAUAGGUAAACAUAAUUGUUUGGGGAAUUAAAUUUAAUGAACGUACCUAAUUUUGUAACCCAUCUUGAUUUUAGUAACUUUAUCAAGGUGGUGGCUUUAGGGAAUAUAGUGGUAAACUUUAUAGAAGAAGCUAACACCUCCUCUUGUAUGCUUCUCAACUGUAGGGAGAGCUGAAGAGAAAACAUUCUGACUGGCAGGGUGAUUUUCUUCCUUGGGGCCACUUACAGUGACUGUUUAUUGUACUUUACCCUUUUAUGCCCUAGAAUGCUGUGAGGGUUACCAUGUUGACUUUGUGCAGAAGCUAAAAGCACCAGAUGUGCCAGAGAUGCAAUUUGUGAUUACAUUUGCACUGGAUUGUGAUUUGAACAGGACACUUAAUAACUAAUGAAAUCUUUCUUUUGGUAGGGAGGAGGGUUGUAGAUGGAUUUCCCACCCUGGUCUUGUAGCUCAGAAAUCUAGGUGUAGCUGAGACUGAUGUGGAAGCUGCAGACAGCUGGACUUAUAUCCAUCAGAUCUUGCAAGAACUGAAGGUGUAUGCAGAGGACUCUGAAGUGCAACCAAGAGCCUUUUGAAAUAAAUAGAAGUUGUUUUUGUUUUUAUGCUAGAGAGUCACUGCAGAAGCAUGGAGAGAGUUUUUAAAUGAUCCAAAUGGGGGAGGGGGGCCAAGGGUUUACAGAGUAACAACUUCUGUGUUGUUGUAAAUUACCUCAUCUGUAUACCUUGUAUUGGGACACUAUUUCUCAGCACUACCUGUGUCUGCAUUGCUUAAAUGGCAGGAAAUGGAAUGCCAAUAUAAAACAGCUAUGUUGGCAGUUACUCUGGAAGGUUUUCAAAAGUAUUUUUUAACUUUGUUUGAAGUGGCCCCCCUCUUUUUUAAGUUUAAAGUCAGAAAUUCCCCCCCCCCUUGAUUUACUGGUUGUAACUGUAUUGUAAUUGGUAUAACUAAAACAUACCUGUGCUGGGAAGAAGUUGUGCCAUGAAGGUCUUUAAUUUUUUUUUAAUAAAAACAUUUAAAUAAA